AUGGUCCACGUCGAAGAAUCGCUACAGCUUCCACGAGACUUCGAGGGUGAGUUGAUCGCAUCAAGAGUCUCCAUGUCUUUACUCACCAGUCACACAGGGUUCGGAGAGUAUGGUCACGAUGCACAAUGGCCGAACGGCGCCCGUAUUGCCGUGUCUUUCGUACUAAAUUACGAAGAGGGUGGUGAGCGAAAUCCAAUGGAUGGCGAUGGAACUUCUGAGCCAUAUUUAUGGGAGAAGGGCCCAUCCGGCGGUGGUAGAGAACAAAGACACCUAAACGGAGAACAAGACUAUGAGUAUGGCAGUAGAUGUGGUGCCUGGCGUAUUUUAAGGCUCAUGAAGGAGUUCAAUUGGAAUAUGACCUUAUGGGCGAUUGCUGUUGCAAUGGAGAGGAAUCCCUCAUUCGCCAAAGCGUGCGUGCGAGACGGCCACGAGAUCGGCGCACACGGAUAUCGCUGGCUCGAUAUUUGGGACUACCCUCUCGAGGAAGACAAGGCGUAUAUCAAGAAGACUUGCGAAGCUCUAGAAGCGGCAACAGGCGAGUUUCCAGUUGGAGCCUACUUUGGUAGAGGUACGCCAAACACUGCGAGUCUGCUUCCAAUCAUGUGGAAAGAAAUGGGCAAGAAGCUGCUAUACACUUCCGAGGUGUACAAUGAGGACUCGCCGUACUGGAUCGACCUUCCCUGGGAGAAAGAACUUCCCAACGAAGAGAAGGAAGGCUUGCUGAUGUUGCCAUACAACUACGAUUGCAAUGACGGCAAAUUUCACAUGCUGCCAGGCUUCGUAAGUUCAGCAGGCGCAACGUAUGAGCAAUACCUGAAAGACACUUUCGAUUGCCUAUACAGAGAAGGCGGGAAGAUGAUGACAAUUCCUCUCCAUUCAAGAAUCGCGGGAAAGCCUGGUAGAUCGGAGAGUCUGAGGAACUUCAUGAAGUACAUAUCAGAGAAAGAAGGGGUCUGGGUGGCGAGCCGGAGAGACAUUGCGAAGCACUACCGCAAGAAGUUUCCAUACGUUCCGGGCUCGAUAAUGGGGGGCAAAUAAUCAGCAUUAGCAGCCGUUGACA